AUGCUUGCAGUUAUUACUCAGAAAAAAAAAGAAAAAAAAGAUCAAUAAUAACUGGAUCCUUUUAUUUGGAAAUUAAUACUAAUACCAAAAAUUAGAUAAAAAUCUCAAAAAUCAAAAAAGAUAGAAUUACAAAGAGGAAGAGAUUCAGCUAUAAAGUUAUAAAUUGAAUGGAAGUUAAACAAUGAUGAACUAACAUUAGAUUUGAAUUUUUAAGAAUAAAUUUCUAAUUUGUCAGUUUCUGCAGUGAUAUACUCAAGAAUAUUCUUUAAAGAGAAUGCUAGAAAUAGUGCUUAAGAAAGUAAUAAAAUUAGUUCUAAAGCACAUAAAAACUUAGGAAAAAGAAAUUAAGUAAUAGGGUAACCUACAUAAAAAAUACAAAUUACAUUCUAAUUAAAUUAGAUAGAUUAAAAUUCCUGUCCAUAUCUAUGGUUAGGAGAAUAUCUUUAGUUUCAUCACAUAAUCAUAACAACUCUAGAUUUCGCUUCUUGUUUUUGGAGUAUAUAUAAAAAAAAUAAGUUCUAUAUUUAAGUACCAAUUAAUUUAUUUCCCUUUGACGAAAAAACAAUCAAAAUCAGGAUAUUAUUGGAGUAGCUAAUUAUUUUGA